CUAGCCCGUCGUGGCUGUAUCCUCGAAAACUACCCAGAAGACGUCCUUAUGCCCGGCGAGAGGCGUUCAACCCUUGCAAAGAGCAAGGGUAUCCACGACCUCACUAUCCAUGAGCGCUUCAAACUUGCGAAUGCCCUCAAGAAUGACGCCCUCACCGUUAAAUCGGUUGCAACAGACGCUCGCAAAAGUCUUAUGACCUCACGUGUCCCCGUCAUUGUUGGAGAAGCGCCCAUAGCAAAUUCUCUUCACACUCGUGGGCGACGAGGGUUUGCCAAUGGACGGAUUGAUCGGUUUGGCCUGACCCGUCUGGCCAACGCUUCCUCUUCAAAA